AUGGCGGCCGCGUUCGUCCCCGCGGGCGCGCAGAUCGCCGGCGUCGGCAUGGCGAUCCCGAAGCAGUCGCUCACGAACGACGACCUCGCGUCGCUCGUGGACACGAACGACGAGUGGAUCAAGACGCGCACGGGGAUCGGGAAGCGGCACGUCAUAAGCGGCGACGAGUCCUUGACUUCGCUCGCGGCGGAGGCGGCGACGGAUGCGUUGAAGAUGGCGGGGGUAGACGCGAAAGACGUAGAUCUCAUCAUCCUCGCGACGUCCUCCCCCGACGACGUCUUCGGCAGCGCGUGCACGGUCCAGGCCGCGAUCGGCGCGGAGGGCGCGCUCGCGUUCGACCUCACCGCCGCGUGCAGCGGCUUCGUCGUCGGACUCGUGAACGGUGUCCACUUCAUCCGCGGCGGAGAAUACAAAAACGUGUUGGUGAUCGGCGCCGACGUCCUCUCGAGGUACGUCGACUGGCGCGACCGCGGGACGUGCAUCCUGUUCGGCGACGGCUGCGGCGCGAUGGUGUUGACGUCCACGCCGAACCCGGAGGACUGCUGCGUGCUCGGGUUCGACAUGCACAGCGACGGGACGGGGAACCAUAACCUGACCGCGAAGUUUACGAACGAAAACGGAGCGGAGGUGAACGACGGCGCGAGCAAGCCGCGCGCGGACACCGCGGCGGCGAACUCGGGGCGCGGCGCGUUCUGUAACAUCGGCAUGAACGGCCAGGAGGUGUUUAAGUUCGCGGUUCGGGCGGUACCGGACACGGUCGGGAAGUCGCUGGCGCACGCGGGGUUGGAAAAUGAGGACGUCGAUCACCUGGCGAACCAGAGGAUCAUCGACGGCGCGGCGAAGAAGCUCGGGUUGAGCUCGGAUAAGGUGGUGUCCAACAUCGCGAAGUACGGGAACACGUCCGCGGGGAGCGUCCCCAUCGCGCUCGCGGAGGCGGUUACGGAGGGGAAGAUUAAGAAAGGGGACGUCGUCGCGUGCGCCGGAUUCGGCGCCGGGCUGACGUGGGCGUCCGCGAUCUUGCGGUGGUGAUCGUACUGUAGUUUCAGUUUCGUUCGCGGGGCAGCCUGGGCGAGAGAGAGAGCGCGCGCGAGCGAGAGAGAGGGAGGGAGGAGCGGCGAGACGGUGUCAUAUUACUACGGCGCCGGUUCGACGCGACUAAAACAAAAAAA